AAGCUCGUGGACGCCUUGCGCGUACGGCAGCUCGCGACCCGCCCUGAGCCGACACGUCAGCGGGCACAGGCAGGCAGCGAGCAGCAGCAGCGGCUGUCAGAUUGUGCGACCAGGGUAGCGUUUUGUUGAUAGUCGAAGUCGCUGAACUUUGCCUCGCUGGAUGGUGGGUGUUGAAUCUCCCUCUGGAAAUCCAUUCGCAUGUCCCGCGGCGUGUCGCCCCGCCGCAUUGUCUUGCAGGAGUUUUUCUUUUCUUUUUCCUGUAAGGAAUUGUCAAGUCAAGCCAAGGUGAGAGAGGGGCUUGUGUUGUGCCACUGCAGUUGCACAAUGCUCGCUGCUCUGCAUGCGCUCUGAGCUGAGACGACGUGUUAAGAAAAGCUUCUGGUGGUCACUGUAGGGUAACAUCAUGACAGGGGACGCAGUGGUUUUGAGGGGUCUGAGCUGGAUAAAGCAGGCAGCUAGCAGAGGCAGCCUGAGCAGCCCCACCAACCACAGGCUGACUUUCAACAAGCAGAUGGACUGCAGCGUCCUCAGAGCCUCGCCAGCUCAGUUCCUCAGAUACUCCGCCGUCGGGUCGCACCGCGGCUCCUGCGUGGUCGGAGGGGUGAGCAACGCUCACGGGGCGCGCGGCGGCGGAAGACCCGGCGCUGGACACACGAGGUACCGCAGGAACUGGUCGGGUCAGCUGCACUCUGGACACACGCGGCUCUUUACCCAGGACAACUCCACAGUGGGGCGGCUGACGGCGGAGGACAUCGAAAAAGCAAGAAGCGCCAGGAAAACCGACGCAAAGCAGUAUCAACAAGCGCUGAGUGAAAAUGCUCGGGAGAGGAAAGUGCCGGUCACACGGAUAGGAAGGCUGGUCAAUUUUGGAAGUCUGGCGGUCGGACUCGGCAUCGGAGCGAUCGCCGACAUGGCUAAGAAGAGUUGGAAGCUUAAACAACCAGGGAACAAAAAGGCCGUCUUGGACUCGAAUCCCUUCCUCUCCGAGGCGAACGCUGAAAGAAUUGUUCGGACACUUUGCAAAGUUCGCGGAGCGGCUUUGAAAAUGGGCCAAAUGCUCAGCAUUCAAGACGACGCCUUUAUCAACCCUCAGUUGGCUAAGAUCUUCGAGCGGGUCCGGCAGAGCGCAGACUUCAUGCCCACUAAACAGAUGAUGAAAAUCAUCACUAGCGAUCUGGGCCCGAACUGGAGGGACAGCCUGGAGUACUUCGAAGAGAAGCCGUUUGCGGCCGCCUCCAUCGGUCAGGUUCACUUCGGGAGGCUGAAGGACGGCAGAGAGGUGGCCAUGAAGAUUCAGUACCCGGGAAUCGCCAAGAGCAUAAAGAGCGACGUGAAUAACAUCAUGACUGCACUGAGUUUAAGCAACGCUCUGCCUGAAGGUCUGUUUCCAGAACAUCUUAUUGAGGUCAUGAGUCGUGAGCUGGCUUGGGAGUGUGAUUACAUAAGGGAGGCAAACUGUGCCAGAAAGUUUCAGCAGCUGCUGAAGGGUCACCCGUUUUUCUACGUGCCCGACGUGAUUGACGAGCUCAGCAGGGAGCGGGUCCUCACCACAACGCUGGUGUCCGGUUUCCCCCUGGACAAGGCCACGGACCUUCCUCAGGAGCUCAGGAAUGAGAUCUGUGAGCAGAUCCUGAUCUUAUGCCUCAGGGAGCUGUUUGAAUUCAGAUUCAUGCAGACCGAUCCAAACUGGUCCAACUUCUUCUACAGCCCACAGAUCCAUAAGGUCGCGCUGUUGGACUUUGGAGCCACAAGAGGGUUUGACAAGAAAUUCACAGACAGCUACAUCGAGAUCAUUAAGGCAGCUGCGGAUCAGAACCGAGAAGGCGUCCUGCUCCGAUCCAGAGACAUGAAGUUCCUCACAGGAUAUGAGACAAAGUCGAUGGAGAACGCCCACGUGGACGCCGUGAUGAUCCUGGGUGAGGCCUUCAACUCCCAGGAGCCGUUCGACUUUGGCGAGCAGAGCACCACGGAGCGCAUCCAUAGGCUCAUCCCCGUGAUGCUGCGGGAGCGUCUGACGCCGCCGCCGGAGGAGACCUACUCCCUCCACAGGAAGAUGGGUGGCUCCUUCCUCAUCUGCUCCAAGCUGAAGGCCAGAAUCUCCUGCAAGGACAUGUUCCAGGAGGCGUACAGGAACUACUGGAAGGACCGACGCCCCGACUCUGAACAGUGAAGACCUGUCUUAUGUUGGGAUUAUCUUGAAUUAUUAUUGUUUUUUGUAUUAUGUUGGAACAACUGACAUGACGCUGGCUCCGCCCCCAUGCUGACGUAGAGCAAUCCUCCCCCAAUCAUUCCAGGGCAACUUGUCAGCAACUGACCAAUCAGCCUUCCAAUUACAGCACUCCGACCACAUUGGCAGUAUGUAUCAUAGAAAAUAUGCUGCAGUCAGAGAUUUUGAGGACAAUAAUUGAUAAUCACGGUCCAAGUUGUCAGUGGGUAAUAUGCAAACCCGACAGCCGUUACCCAGAACAUACAGAGGGCGGAAUACAAUUUAUUACAUUUCCAAAAUCAAAAAGGAGUCUGGAAUAACGCAAGAAAUGGAUCAUGGACUGCAGCGCACCUCACGUCCAGCUGAAUGAAACUGAUGAACGGGAACUACCACGUUAGUCAGCACCACGAAGGUAACCGGUAGUAAACAUCCCAGUUUUUGUCAUAACGAUACUUACUGAUAGCUCCGUGCUAUCGACUCAGGGCUCCUAACGGCUCAGGCUUAACAGCUGUGUCCGAAUUCAAGGUCUGCAUCCUUCGAAGGACACGUCUAUGUAGGAUGGGUCCUUCACGAAUAGACGUCGACCGGAAGGGAAAAUUCGGACAGGUCUAGCCUUCACCGCUCUGCCUGAACGCCCGGCUGGGACCCGCAAUGAAUUAUGGGAUAUGGUGGGCCGUGAAGAAUACACCGGACCCACUCUUCAUAUUUGGGGAAAAGAAGGAUGCAUUUGAAGGAGUCUUUGAAUUCGUACAAGACUUGUCGCCACGCUAUGACGUAAUCAGCCUACAAAUCGGUCCUUCGAAGGAUGCAGACCCUGAAUUUGGACACAGCUAACGACUCACGACUCAGACUCCAUACUAACUACUAACGACUCAACUCAGACUUUUUUGUUCCUCAUUCGUCCUCUUGGGCUUUAUUGUUGAUUUCUCGCUAAUAACCUUACAGACCUGACGUAGGACCAGUUGCAUCAUUGCAAAAAUGAUUUAAAAAAUGUUAAGAGUAACACAUUGAGGUCCGCUAGUCUACCUUAAUAACAGUGUGGUUGUCGGAGGACUACUCCUGGGGGCGGCGUCAUGUCAAUUGUGGGGUGGGGAGUUUCCUUUUUAUUCUUUUAGAACUGUUACAUGAUGGUGGAGGCGGGGCCAACUGUAUCCCAAUACAUUUUGUACAAAUGUAUCCCAAUAUUGGGUUGUCUUAAUCAAGUGUUUGUUUUGACGAUGGGACUAACGCCAUCUUUAAUCUCCAUAAGGAUCGAAUAGUUUGUAUUUAUCCUUUAAGCCAAUCUGUUGUUUGUACUGUAUAAUCUCCCUAUUAUGUGUCGUGAGGGACAACACUCCACCUUAUCUGAACCGUUAUAGAGAAUAAACUGAUCAUGAUGAUGCUAAAGCACGACACAAAACCCCCCAAGUAUACACAAAAAAUAUGCAUAGUGACACCUGAUCGAUUAAAAUCUCGAGCCAUUUAUUGUGGCAAACCCAGUGUUAGAAUUGAUCUGCUUUACCUAAAGAAAAGCAGCAGAGAUGUGUAAAUCUCAAACAAAUCUUUAUGUAAUUUAAACAAACAAAAAAACUCCUUACCCCAAAGUAAGAAUAAAAUGUUGAUUUCUGCGGUGCCUUAUGUUUUGAGUGAGUGAAACUCGCUGCUGUUUUUUUUUAUACCGAGUCCUGAGGGUUUUCUCAGCUGCUCCCUCCUCAAAGUGGGUUUGUUUACGGCCGCCAUGAUGGUGGAAAUAAUCUCUUGUUCUUUAACAUAAACGCCCCUGAACAGUCGGUGAAUAAUGCUUCGUUUCGCUCAUAUUUUCCCUUCCGUCUUCCUCUUUCUGACUCACUUCCAGAACAAAAACAAAAGGAAGUGCUACUUCUGUCUGAAUGUCGUUUUAACAUCUCGCAGAUGUUUCAUUAACCCUUCUGAGUCCAGCAGACAUGUUUAGUUCUUUGUCACAUUCCUGCUUUUUUUUUUUCCUGAAACAAGUUUCGCCACGAAUACAGCCGUUACCUCCCACAAGAGCUCAGUGAAAAGUGUGAAUACUUUUGUAAAGUUUUCAUUUUCAAUAAAUACGCAAAAAUGUUUA